CAUACACACAGAGGCGCAGACUCAAAACCGAGUGUUGUACUGACAGCAGGCGGGGCUCCUUUCUGCACACACUGACAACAGCUCGGCAGGGACUAACAGACCGCACUGCCAAGGUGCCUCUUCUCCCGCACCUUAUCACUCCGCCUCUUCGCCCGCACCUUAUCACUCCGCACACCUCUCCCGGUGCUUUCACCUUAAGUGCUGAACAAAGGGCAGUGGCACGGACAGCAUCCUUCUCUCUAUCGCUACACAUGCAGUUUUUUUAAUCUGUGCAGAUGACAUUUCAGCAACCUGUUUACUACCAGACAAGGAGGGAUUAUUUCCAUUUGGGAUUAUCAAGAAGCCAAGAGAAAUUGGGUUUUGGGCCUCUUCCCAAAGAAACAGAUGCGUUUGCCUAUAGGAGAAAAUAAAAAAAAAUACCCAAGGCAAAACCUAACAUUUUUUGUCAGAGGCUUUGGCACAAUAAGGGUGGAGCCCUGGCAUUUCUGUGGAUACAAAGCUGUGGGCACUUUAACUUUAUUUCAUUGUCAGCCUUUAUAUUAAAGACAGAACAGACAACCUUAGUGCUGUAGUUCCGUUCUGUUUCUUUGCUGCCAAUGUAAUUCACUAAACCCAAGCGUUGUGUCACAUAUUUCAGUGAUCCUACUUACCUGGUGCACUGCUGUCAGAUGAAAUGUGUAGAACUACCCCAUAGAUUCCUUAGUUGGUGACUACAGCUCAGUUUCAAUCAUGCAAUAUCCGUUUUCCACCUCAUUUUCCUUGUUUUCAGUCUGGACUUUAAUAGUGAGUGCUGUCAAGCUGCAAGAUGGAUUGAUGAGCCCAGAGCAUGGCAAUAUUGUGGGCACACACUGGUGUCAUGGUCGUCAUUUAGCUGUUGGCAAAGUUUACACAACCAAGAACUCCAGCUACACUGCUUAUAGGAACUUUUCAAAUGAAAUGACCUUAAAAAAACUUCUUUGCCAUUUUAGGCUCCCUGGGGACGAUAUUAGUCCCUCAGGACCUAUAGACCUGGUGUGGAAUUCAUCUCUAUUAAAUGGAAAAAGAAAAGGUGACUCACUGGCUGCUCUAAAUAUGCAAUCUAAAACCGCUCUGCAGGAGCAUGGAAAGGUGAGAAACUUGGCUGUGGAAACCAGAUCUGAUGGGCAAAAGGUUGUGCAGGAAAAUGCAUACAAAAUUCACAGGAAGAGAAGGGGAACAAUUGAACUUCAGUUGGGAGAAAACAACCAGAGCACAAACAUAACCUCAAAUAAAAACAAUUUCUCAGCCAAUUUCAAUGAAACUCGCCUGAGCCAGAAAGCUGUAUUUGGGACUGACCCACAAGCGUUGCCUUUAAAUGCAUCUGUACCUUUUGUAACCAAUGAUCUUAAAGUAUUUUCAGAUAACAUGGACAUUAAUCAAGCUUUGGUACCAAAAAAUACCUCAAGUAAAAGACUGCAUAUAAAGAAUCCCUUUUACCCAUUAACAGAAGAUUCAUAUGGUGCCUAUGCUGUCAUGUGUUUGUCUGUCAUUAUCUUUGUCAUAGGUAUUAUGGGCAACAUGGCUGUUAUGUGUAUAGUUUGUCACAAUUACUACAUGAGAAGCAUUUCCAACUCGCUUUUGGCAAACUUGGCAUUUUGGGAUUUUCUGAUUAUUUUCUUUUGCCUGCCACUGGUAAUUUUUCAUGAACUUACCAAGAAGUGGCUCCUGGAGGACUUUUCUUGCAAAAUCAUACCAUACAUUGAGAUAGCUUCCCUUGGAGUGACCACCUUUACAUUGUGUGCCCUGUGCAUUGACCGAUUCCGUGCUGCCACUAAUGUACAGAUGUAUUAUGAGAUGAUCGAGAACUGCACUUCAACAACUGCCAAGCUGGCUGUGAUAUGGGUGGGUGCGCUAGUUCUAGCACUGCCUGAAGUUGUCCUUCGACAGUUAUCCGUGGAGGAUACAGGAGUGAAUGGUCGGUUUCUUCGUGAGCGCUGUGUUGUAAAAAUAUCCACUGAACUCCCUGAUACAAUUUAUGUGUUGGCCCUUACAUAUGAUGGUGCAAGGCUGUGGUGGUAUUUUGGUUGCUAUUUUUGCUUGCCUACUCUUUUUACAAUAACCUGCUCAUUGGUCACAGCAAGAAAAAUAAAACGAGCUGAGAAAGCUUGCACAAGAGGAAAUAAACGUCAGAUUCAGCUUGAAGGUCAAAUGAAUUGUACUGUGGUAGCCCUAACCAUUUUAUAUGGAUUUUGUGUAAUCCCUGAAAAUAUUUGCAAUAUUGUAGCAGCUUAUAUGUCCAGUGGCGUGUCAAGGCAAACUCUGGAUCUUCUUCAUCUCAUUAGCCAAUUUCUUUUGUUCUUCAAGUCAUGUGUUACUCCUGUCCUCCUUUUUUGCCUCUGCAAGCCUUUUAGUCGAGCAUUCAUGGAGUGCUGCUGUUGUUGCUGUGAUGAAUGCAUUCAAAAGUCCUCAACUGCAACCAGUGACGAUAAUGAUAAUGAAUACACUACAGAACUGGAACUUUCCCCAUUUAGUACAAUACGGCGUGAAAUUUCCACAUUUGCAUCAGUAGGAACCCAUUGUUGAAAAUCUCCAUUCGCACUGUACUUGUAUAAAAGUCUGUGAUACACAUUUGAAAUGUUUUUAGUGUUGACUUUUUUAACAAAGCACUGUACAAAUGUUUUAGACAAUUUUUUUUAAUCACAGUAAGUUUUAGAACUCCUAACAGGGUAUGCUGAGAAAAAAGAAAAGAAAAACAGCUAACUUGUUUUUGCACCUUAAUUGGCUUGUUGCUAGCUAUUUGAUAAUCACAAAUGUAAACUUUUGGAAAGAUUAUAUUAAAAAGUAGGUAAAAUUAUAUACAAAGGUAGUUUGCACUGAAUUUUGAUAUUGGUUUUAACAUUCCAAAUUAGCAUUUAAAUAGAUCUUAUUUGGUUUCUAUUUUUUAAACUUGAUGUUCAAGAUUUUUUUAGUGAACUAAACGAACGCCAACUUUUUUUUUAUGACCCCAAAUUGUCUUCUUAUAUUAUUCACGGAUUUGAUUCCUAAAAACUGACAUUAUGUUAAUAAGCAAUAACUAAAAAGUAAUGCAUUUUUGUUACAAAUCAGAUGAUGCGACCCCAGCCAGAGCUGAAUUUGUCCAAUUAGAAAGAGAAGAGUUGAACAUAUUAUUUAGAUCAUUUUAGCUAUAUUACAUUGUAUAAAUAAUGUAGUCAUUCUACAUAUCAAACACAUGUGGUGUACUUUCUGCACUUCGGUUUACUUUCAAUAAAACAUUUUAAAACUAGUAUAUAAUUAUUUAAUUAUGGAGUUGUUCCAUAAGCUUGCCAAGCAAGCUUGUUUACAUGAAACCAAUCAAUUAUUGUCUCUUAACAUUCAGAUGAAAAUAGCUUUAUAUUAGGAUAAAGAAAUGUGUGAGUAAAUAUUUAUGUUACUUCAUUUUAAGUGCAUUUAGCUUUAAAUAUCUGAAUGUUAAACUGGAGUCUCAAAACUGUGAUUUGAAAUAUGGUUUUGUGUAUUGAAAAAAUGGUUUCUCCAGGGCCACUGAGCAGUAUAUAGAGUAAGGGUGGAAAAAAUUUAAGGCAAAGUUAUGUGGCCCUGACAGCAGUCAACGCACAGCGUGGUUCUGUCACUUUUUGGAAGCUUGGACUUCCAAGAAGGUUUUCUGGAGGGUGAGGUUUUAUAUUAAUAGUUGCUUUUAUUAAGGACAAAUACUUAUUUUUGAGGUAUGCCCAGAGUAGCUAAUGUCUUAAUUGGGCUGAGAUUUCACUUAUUACUUUAUUAAAAAUGUAAUUUUAGUAACUUCUGCCCCAGAGUUAGUAAGUUUAGUCCGAGAGAACUAUCAUAUUCAUCUUGUGGAUACUGAUCCAUGUAACACAAAGACAUGUCAUGUUAGACAUGCAGAGGUUGCAGAGAAAGCUUGAGAGGAUGGAUUAUAGUGUGACUUCCAUUCUUCGCACUAUACUUAUAACCCAUUUUCAUGUAUGCUACAUAAUACUCAACUUUAAAUAUUCAGAAUUAUGACUGCUGUACAGUGCUGCAUCCAUAAGUAGCGCUAUAUAAAUAUACAUAUAAUUGUGACAUAUUAGGUCAUGUCCCAUUCUGCCCUGGAUAUGACUGGACAUUGCCCUGAUCUGUUGUAAACCCAGUCCACUUUCUGGAUGUCCAUCUGUGCCUACACAUUAUUCUUAUUUGCUUAACUCAAUAUUCAAAUUACAUCAUAGAUUUUUAAUGAAACAUAUUAUUUUUUUGUUUUUCCCCACCUUAGCAGUUCUUGAUUUUUUAGGUCUCUAUUUACUGUGAUUAACGUAUAUAUCAAAAUAUCUGCAAAAUGGUUGGAAAAGCUAUAGUAUAUAAACAAUUUAAUGUUUUCUGCUUGGCGAUGCCAUUUCCUCCCCCCACCCCCAGUUCCCUCAUUAUAGGAAGGAUUUAAAAAUAUUUGCUGUCAAGCAUUUAUGGUUGACAUAAAUAAGGUUUGUGGAAUGUGCAUAGCAAGGGUAAAAAUAGCAAUAAAGAAGGAGAGGAAAGAAAACAAAUUUAGAUAAAUUGUUUAAUUUAAAGAGGAUAAUACAAGCCAGAUAUUUCAUAAUAAAACAUUGUGGUUAUUCCUAUUGAUUGGCACAUUCAGUAACAAAAGGAUCUGCAAUGAGCAUUUGAAUUCACUUUAUUGUUCAAGUAGAGCUGGUUUAGCUACAUCAAUGGCUUGUUCACAACUUGUCUGUGAAUAUCAGAUAGCCAAUACUUUAACAUAGUGUUUACAAGGUAUGUUCAUUUUUGUGCCAAGUAUAAAAAUAGAUAUGCAGUUAAAAAGAAUUGUAUUUUUAAAAGCUAACUUACACAUUCUCAUUCAGGAUAUUCAUCCAGGAUACAUAUAAAAUGUUUAUGUUCUAUUUAGAAGUUAUAAUAGAUUUUAUAAAAGUACUGUUUGGAAAAGAGGCAGCCUUUUUUAUUUUCAAAAGAGAGGUAGGAUAAGCUGUACCAUACAUACAUACAGCUAUAGGGGAACAUCUUUCUUGUACAAAGCAAGGCUUACUGGCAAUAUAGAUUUAUUUGCAAUUGUUGGAAAAACAGAUGGGAUCCAUGAAUGUGUAUAGAGAAAUUAUAGUUUUUUGUGGCAUCAUGGCAUAUCAGUUGUAUUCAGCAGGCAGAGCAGCACCAGAAUCUAGGUGGUUUCCAAUGGCAGAUGACACUGCUGGAUUUGGGCACUUAUCCAUGGAUACCAUCUGUGUAAACAAUACAUACAAUAACCUAAUCAAUUAAAACAUUUUCAAAACUGCUGCACUUAAAAGAGGAUAGAAUGCUAUAGUUAAAUACUCCAUUGCCCACAGGCAUGGUAUAUCAGGUGUCACUUGUCAGACAAAUGUUUUAGGCUGCUGGCACACAAGGAUAUUAGUCACCCCCUUUGUUUUUUCUGGGGUCGUCCCAAGUUGCCUCACAAGGUCAUUUCAGGCAACUCUGACAAACCAAAGCACAGCAUAUGUUUUCUGACCGACAAUUCACUUUAUUGUCGGUGGGAAAGCAUUUGCAGGAGAUUAGUUGCCCAUGGUAGAUGGGAUUUAUUGUGAGCAACUAAUCUCCUUGUUUGUCCACAGCCUUUGCCAUAUCAUGCCUUUUAAUUGUGGCUUCUAGAAAAUAUAGGUGAUGCAGAACUGAUUAGCAUUUGAAUAUAAGCAACACUCAAUAUGUAUAUUUAUAAUCAGCCACACAACAUGUGCAUUUUGUAAUUUCCAGUUUUUAAGACUUAUUAACCAAUCUGCAAGUCAAUCUUAAUUUUAAAGGACAAGGAAAGGCAAAUCACGAUUGGUUGGGAUGCCCUUAUAUUAGGCACCCCCAGUGCUUUUUCUUGCUCUUGAAUUGAAAUCAAGAAAAUAAAAUCUUCUCAACACUGACACAAAUACAAAACACACGAUGCACAUUAAAUAAGAUGCAUGCUAUAUAGUGCAAUGGUCUUGGUGUAGCACACAUUUUUGUGUAUAAGCCAGGUCACACAAGUAUUAUACAGCAGUAUAAAUUGCGCAAGGAGACUUGUGAAAAAGUCCUGAUGCAUGACUUUGCUCACUGCAUUGCCUGCUCAGUUGGUUCCGUCCUAUGUGUUUAUGGAUUUUUAAAACCAUUACACUAUAGCAAUACCUAAUUGUGUAUUUAAGGGGAGAAUACAAACACAAGUUUUAGAAGAACAUUUAUAGAAAGAACCCAGGACACGUGAUACAACCUCUGGUAAAAAGCUCUGUUUUAAGCAUGAGAGUGCCAAAUCCCAUUUAGCCUCUGAUCAGGAAGCAGGAAAAAAUUACAUUGGUUGUGUUUCAUUAACUAAGGGGAUAUAUGCCUAAGUAGCAUACCAGUAGAAUAAAAAAGCUAUGAUAGGGCUAACACUUUCCCAAUGUCUAUCAAUCAGAUGUAGUUGAGUGUGUCCUCAGGUCAUAAUGCCUUAUAAUAUUAGUCCUCUAUGUGUACCGCUCCUAUACUAGCCACUCAUUUGAGCAUUUGUAUUAAAGAAUCAUUAUCUGCUACAGCUUAUUUCAGUACUAGCACUAGUUCCUCAGCGCAAGUGGUGAUUAACCAUAGCCUAGUACAUCUCUAGUCAUACCAAAUAUACUACCUAUAAUUGAGGUUUGCCCUAUGCAAGCACUAGUGUAUAGCUUAACCUCAUACUAGCAGCUAUGGUACUAUAGUGUCUUUCUAACACAAAAUGUAAUCAUGGGGCAAGUCCCUCAAACUAUGGCUUAGCAGCCCUAAACUUGAGAUAUGGUCACAUAGUUUUAUCCAGGGACAUCUUAUCUACAGAUUUCUAGUUCAUCACUUGGCUGAAGGCAUACUGUGCUCUAUUAGAUUUUUGUCUGAGCCUUUUUUGGCUAAAGCCUCUCUCUCACUUCAUGAUUUCUCUCUCUGGUUCCUCCAUGAAACUUUAAUGGCUUUCUAUAUUUUACAUUGUCUUGUCCUUAAACAAAUGUGAUCCCUGUUCAAGACAGACCCUAGAAAUGUCCCUGUGAUAAGAUGUAGAGGCUUCUGAUUUAAGAGGGCCCAGAAGUUCUGCUUAUGGACUUUUUGUGGUUCUCAGGAUAAUAAUUAAAUAUUUGAAGCAGUGAAAGGCAAUUAUUUUGACAUUAGAUGGCAAAAUUCAUAUUUCAUAUACCUUGUAAUAUCUCAUAAACUCACAUCCUACACCAGUGAAAAGUGUUCUUAACCAAGCCAUGUAAACAUUGCAUUCAAAAUGGAUAUAAUAAUAUAUUAUGCAUGAAAUGAACUGUACGGUCUUAUGAAUUAUACACUGUAAAGAAGAUACUUUAUUAAUACAGACUUUAGAGUUGUGUGUAAGUACAGUAAACAAUAAAAAGUUCAAUCCAUGGGGAAUUUUUCCAUACUCUUGUAGCCAGUGCUGGUAAAGUUGUAUUACUUUUACACUUUGGAACCUAGAUCAGCUCAUUGGGACAUUUUUUUCUUUUUUCUGCAGUGUGUGAGACAUUUUAUAGAAGGUUUCACAUUAGAGAUUAUCCCUUUAUAUGAAAUCAGUUCUGCUGCACAAAAGCUCUCUAGCAUGUUGUAGUCAAUAUAAUAAAUUCAAGCAGUACUUUUUUAUUUCUUGUAUGGCAUCGAUUUUAACAUAAAUGGUUUGUUUCAGAUAUUCACUUGUUUUAUAUUUUAUCAUUAAACAGUUUGAAGUAAUUUGUAGACAAAGUAUAACAAUGGAUUUCUGUAUUUACUGUAGACAAUUUUUACAUUUACACAGUCUAACUAAAAUUUGAAUUGUCAACAAAAACUGUUUUGGAAUAAAGAAAUGAUUGGGAUCUUUUUAAAGUUACCAUUUUGCACACUGUAAUAAAUUAAGAAUUUUAAUUUAUAUAAACUUGCAUUUCAAUAAAAACUCUUUUAUCUCAA